GGUCGAGGAAAAGUUUCGCCAUCCGGUUUGGUUGUGUUGGAUUUUCCUUCUAUUAAACCACACCAUCUGUGCUCCUGACUCCGCUGCUCUGGUCUUUCCCACCACCGCGAACACCUGGCAAUGGCGGCCCCCGCCCCGUCGGCCACCUCCCAGAUGUCCUCAAGCGGCCUCCUUUCUUACUGAGCUCACCCACCACCCGCCACGCCCCCGACUCCCACGAACUCCUCCGCCUACCCACCCCUACCCUACUUCUCUCGCCCGCCGGACGCAUCUCGGGGCUCUGCUCCCCGGUUCUCGGGGCCGGUGGAUGCGACCGCGUCCCCGCCCCCGAAAUCAGCUGCCCGGCGUCCUCAUAGCGUUCCCGGGAUCUAGGCCCUGAGCAAUGGCAGCGGCGGUGGCGCCGCCGCUCUGCACCUGGCUCGUCGCCGCCUGUCUCUCCGCGGCCUGCGGCGAUGGCGAGAAGGAGAAUGAACGCAGGCACCGCGGUGGCGGCGUAGGGGGUUUCUUCGGCUCGCGCCGCCGCCUCGGCUCAGGGCGCCGCGGCGUGGGGCGCUCUGGAAUGGCCAUGUCUGUUGCCUUGCAUCCUGAAAGGACAGCUGUGGAAAAUAAGAAACCUGAUAUGAAACAGAGGAGAGUGGUUGUCACUGGCAUGGGUGUAGUGACGCCACUAGGGCAUGAUCCUGAUGAAUUCUACAAUAACCUUUUAAGGGGUAUCAGUGGAAUAAGCGAGAUAGAGGCAUUUGAUUGUUCUCACUAUCCCACGAGAAUCGCGGGAGAAAUCAAAUCAUUUUCGACAGAUGGUUGGGUUGCACCAAAGCUAGCUAAGCGAAUGGACAAGUUUAUGCAAUAUUUGAUAACAGCUGGAAAGAAAGCAUUGGAGAAUGCUGGAAUCACUGAAGAAGUCAUGAAUGAGUUGGAAAAAUCAAGAUGUGGAGUCCUCAUUGGGUCUGCUAUGGGUGGCAUGAAGGUUUUCAGUGAUGCAAUUGAAGCUUUGAGGGUUUCAUACAAGAAGAUGAACCCAUUCUGUGUACCUUUUGCAACUACAAACAUGGGUUCUGCGAUUCUUGCUAUGGAUCUGGGUUGGAUGGGCCCAAAUUACUCUAUCUCUACUGCUUGUGCUACUAGCAACUUCUGCAUUCUGAAUGCAGCUAAUCAUAUCAGAAAAGGGGAAGCUGAUGUUAUGCUUUGUGGUGGUUCUGAUGCACCAAUCAUCCCUAUUGGAUUGGGAGGUUUUGUGGCCUGCAGAGCUCUUUCACAGAGAAACAGUGAUCCAGCAAAAGCUUCUCGACCUUGGGAUGUGGAUCGUGAUGGAUUUGUUAUGGGAGAAGGGUCUGGUGUGCUUGUUUUGGAAGAACUUGAGCAUGCAAAGCAAAGAGGUGCAGAAAUAUAUGCUGAAUUUCUAGGAGGAAGUUUCACAUGCGAUGCAUACCAUAUGACAGAACCUCAUCCUGAAGGGAAAGGGGUUAUUCUUUGUAUUGAAAACGCAUUAGCAGAUUCAGGAGUAACAAAGGAGGACAUUAACUAUAUAAAUGCCCAUGCAACAUCUACACAGAUGGGUGAUUUGAAAGAAUUUGAAGCUCUCAACCGUUGUUUUGGCCAGAAUCCUCAGCUACGAGUGAACUCAACAAAGUCGAUGACAGGCCAUCUGCUAGGAGCUGCUGGUGGAAUAGAGGCUGUUGCUGCUAUACAAGCUAUAAGGACAGGUUGGGUGCAUCCAAAUCUCAAUUUGGACAAUCCAGAGAAAACCGUGGAUGCUGGUGGGCCCGCAGAAGGAGAGAUGUGAUGUGAAGGUGGCGCUGUCGAACUCGUUUGGAUUUGGCGGGCACAACUCAUCGAUUUUGUUUGCACCAUUCAAGUGAUAGCCGUUGACAAAUUUCUUGUGGUGGGCUACACACCGUCGAACUGAGACCUUGUAUAAGAAAGUAUUUACCGGACGCAGCAAUAUCUCCUGUACUGCAAGAUUAGGAAGAGAUCCAAAAGGCUUAGUAGGAUGUGUAUUGCCCCACAACCGGACGAAAGAUGGAAACUGGUCCGAAAUUAUGUCGACCGAGAAGGGCAUCCGUUCAGAUGCCCCCCCCCCCCUUUACGUGUUAUAUUUUCUUUCAGAUGCAAGUGUACCCUAUAUAUAAUUAAACAA